UUCUAUGAUACAUCUCCAAGUUCUCAGAUGAAGUUUGAAACGAACAGAUGGGUAGAUAGUGGACUUUGAAAUACUCAUUCGUGUAUGGCCUUUUUCCUUGCCCACCAGGUAGCCCAUAAAGUUACUGCUAGUCUCACGAACGCUUCGUCGAGUGCCAACUGGGCCACAUUGACGUGGGAGCUGGUGCUUCAAGCAGAAUAUCCUGCAGCCAGAGGUCCAAACCUUGUUGGCAUAGGGCUACAUGGGCUGAUUUAUGUUCCAGUUUCUUUCUUUUUGGUUUGUUUUUGUUUUCAAUAUUGUUCUUAAUUUCACUUUCACAUUUAUUAAAAAGUUAUUCUCUGUUAUAUUUGUGUUCAAUUUUUUUCGUGUGCACAAAUGACUCCUUUCAAAUACAUGAAUAUCUCUGUUAUAUAUAAUGGAUGCGCAUUUCAUGGUAAGGGUUUAUACUAAAGUACUUUAUUUAUUUAAAUUUGCAAUAUGUGAAUAUUUGUUCUUAUUUAAAUUGAUGUUGACAUAUUUUGGAGACCUGAUAAAUAAAAUAGUUGUGAGAUAUAAAAAAAUACGAGUUAAUGGUCGUGCUAGUAGGUGGCCCAUGUUGGAGCUCUUGAGGCGUUUUUACCCUAGAUCUUCGCUAUAGGCGACGAAUGAAGGGCCUUUUUCCUGCCGAAACUGCAAGGGACCCUCCCCCCGCAUCAAAUGUUCAAAAAAAAUUUAUCUUACUUAUAGAGAAAAAAUGAAACACAAUAUUAUUAGAGACUGUCAAUCCGUGAUGGCAUAGAGCAGAGACCGCAUAUAUCUGAAAUAAAACAGUGAUGCAAAUGCAAUCAUCAUUGUCGUGUGAAAAAACCACUACCGUCGUGUAGACAUCAGAUAGUGAUAAAAAAAAUAGCAUUGCUCAGGACUCUGCUAGCUUCAGGGACUAUAAAAACAUACCCCCCCCCAUGGGUUCCCUCUCAGACGAUAACUGCAUGUGCGAUGCUGACUCAUAAUGGAGUUGCGUGUGUCAUAUUAAAUCAACCGACUGAACUUGGAUCGAAGACCAACUGACCUGCUGGCUGCGAGUCUUUUAUUAAACAGCUGUGAUCUACGAUCUGUUGGCAGAUUUAACCUCUGAACUCGCUGCUUGGUCCGGUCUUCGGCGCAGUACAGUUCGCUUGUUUUGUCUCUGACGAUGAUGCUUCGCUGUUCCCAGUGAGAUCCACGCUAAUUACGGGUUAGUUCACUCACUACCGAUAUACUACUAUUGCAACUUGCCAGUAGCUCACCGAGUAGCUUUUAUCUAUGCCAGCCCUCCCACACUGCUGCUUCACUAGUCACAUCAAGUCUACUACGGCAGUAAGAAAGCUGAAACUCCAACAAUGGCAGGUGCAGCGCCGGCCGAUGAAGAUGGAUCGCCGAAGAAGACGAAGCAGGGCGGCUUCAAGACAAUGCCCUUCAUACUAGCGAACGAGGUCUGCGACAGGUUCGCGACGGCCGGCUUCAACGCCAACAUGAUCACCUACCUCACGCAGCAGCUGCACCUGCCGCUGGUGGAGGCCUCCAACCUGCUCACCAACUUCAUGGGCACAGCGGCCUUCACCCCGGUCUUCGGCGCCAUCAUUGCCGACUCCUACGCCGGCCGCUUCUGGACCAUCGCCGCUGGCGGCGCCCUGUACCAGCUCGGCAUGCUCGGCCUCGUCGUGUCCGCGCUCGCAACAGCCCUCCGCCCCCCGCCGUGCGUCGCCGCUGCCCUGUCGACGCCCGCGUGCCAGCGCGCGAACGGUGGGCAGCUCGCCGUGCUUUACCUGUCGCUGCUCUUCACCGCGCUCGGGUCCGGCGGCAUCCGGCCGUGCGUGGUGGCGUUCGGCGCGGACCAGUUCGGCGUGGGAGGGAGGCGGCCCGGAGGCGAGCAGAAGUGGAGCUUCUUUAACUUCUACUUCUUCACCAUGGGGCUCGCCGUGCUGCUGGCGCUGACGGUGGUGGUGUACAUCCAGGAGAACGUUGGGUGGGGUUGGGGGUUCGGCAUCCCCGCCAUCGCCAUGUUCGUUUCCGUGCUGUCGUUCGUGGUCGGCUACCCGCUCUACGUCAGGGUGAAGCCCGGGGGAAGUCCCUUCGUGAGGCUGGUUCAGGUCGUGGCCGCGGCGAUCAAGAAGAGGAAGGAGGCCAUGCCGGAGGACGCCGGCAUGCUGUACCAGAACAAGGAGCUGGACGCUCCCAUCGCCGCCGACGGGAGGCUGCUCCACACCAACCAGCUCAGGUUCUUGGAUCGAGCGGCAAUAGUGACGACGACCGAUGCUGUUGACUCCGGCGACGAGCCGGACCUGUGGCGGCUGGCGACGGUGCACCGCGUGGAGGAGCUCAAGUCCAUCGUGCGCAUGCUGCCGCUGUGGGCGGCCAGCAUCACGCUCAUCGCCGCCGCCUCGCACAACUUCACCUUCGCCAUCCAGCAGUCGCGCACCAUGGACCGCCGCCUCACGCCGCGGUUCGAGAUCCCGCCGGCCAGCAUGAUCAUCUUCACCACGCUCACCAUGCUCGUCAGCCUCUCCCUCUACGACCGCGUCUUCGUCCCGCUCGCGCGCCGCUACACCAGCCGGCAGGCGGGGAUCUCCUACUUCCAGCGCAUGGGCGCCGGGCUGGCGGUCUCCGUCCUCGGCGUCCUCGCGGGGGCGCUCGUCGAGGGCAAGCGGCGCAGGGCCGCGGCGGAGCACGGGCUCCUGGACAGCCCCGGCACCACCGUGCCGAUCAGCGUGUUCUGGCUGGUGCCGCAGUACGCGCUCCACGGGGUGAGCGACGCGCUCUCCACGGUGGCGCACAUGGAGUUCCUGUACGACCAGUCGCCGGAGAGCAUGCGCAGCUCCUCGGCGGCGCUGUUCUGGGUCGCCGGCUCGCUCGGGAACUACCUGGGAACGCUGCUCGUCACGGUGGUGCAGAGCGCGAGCGGAGGGGAGUGGCUGCAGGACAACAUCAACCGGGGCAGGCUCGAUUACUACUACUGGCUCGUGACCUUGCUCAUGGCGCUCAACCUUGCGUAUUACAUCGCCUGCUUCCAUUUUUACACCCUGAAGUCCUUCGACGUGGAGGGGAACGGGGCGCAACGGCGGCAAGAUGACGGUGAGGGGCAAAGUCGGAGUGCGGAGCGGGAGACUGAGCUCGAUGCUGGCCGCAUUGGAGCUUCGAAAAAUUGUGCGUAGGAUCAUUUAUAACGGUGUAAGCUCAGCUCAGGGAGCGGUUAACAUCACUAUAUCAGUGUAUCUUUGAACUACCGAACUUGUAUUGAUGUAACAGAAUUAAAAGGGGGAAAUUAAGAUGCAUCAUUGUUCUUUCUUUUUGCUGCAAUUACUCGGUUGUUCGAUUUCUUUUUCUGAAAAUCCUAGCCAUCUAAAAUUGCGCAGUGCGCAGCCUAGGAUUGCACUUUUUGAAGGAGCACAAUUUUUACUGAAAUUUGAAUGCAUUUUUUAAGUUCAUGCUUUCUUUUUCAGAAAGGGGAAUACCCGACCUCUGCAUCACAUGAUACACCCCACCAUAUUAUUAAAAAUGAAAUAAGUUCAAGUCACCGAGUACUCGACAAUAAAACAACGGAAUUGCUAAUUCUCAUACGACUGAGACUUAACGAACAGUCUCAGUCGAUGUUAUAUUUGUUAGAUCUUACGUGGGAUCCGUGUAAAAUUUUCUUUUAAAUUUUUUCUUUCUUCUUUUUUAUACGUUCUGUUACUUGACCGGGACUUCAUUAAGUCUCAAUCAACUAAAAUCUGGCCACGCCAUAAUUUUUUUUUGGAAAACACGACCACAAGCAGUCGAAGCCGAGAUUACAUAACUCAUCCACAUAAUCUACGAGUAGCUCAUCAGCCAAACUGGUCGAACAAAUCUGUGCAACCGUUUUUAGCCGGCUGCACCCAUAGGCCAUAAGCGUUCACGCACACGAUGCGCAGUGGAGAAUCUAGAACGCAAAUGCAGGACAGGCUCAACUACAAGGAUAAUAAUUUUUUGGGUGUCGAAAGCCAUUUUAUGUGCUGCAUCUAACUACUAGUGUGUUGAUCAUUGGUGGUGUUUUUUUGUGUGGCAGAUUUUGAGGGUAGGCUAGAGCCUGUUGAAGCCUGCUGAGUAGAAUCACCCCUGGCUGCAGUGAUGACCACAUACGCAUAAAAACCAUAGCUUUGUAAAUAAACUGUAAGAAAUUAGGAUAAGAUGAUCUGUCAAAGAUGUAAUUAUUCCAACAAUUUCAUAUUGCCCAAAGAAUGGUUCAAACUCCCACACGGAUUUGGCCCUUCAGCUUAUGAUGAAAACCACCUAACCAGUUUCCAAACAAAUUUGAAA